CCUCAAUGACGCCAAACUCGUUUGGGAAGCGUUGCACAACAACGAGACGGAGGCGGCCGGUUGUCGUCGUUUGGUCACACCACACCCCGACCACCAUGCCACCAAUGGCGGCUAGAUUGCCGCUGGCCUGGCUGACCUUGGCUCUGCCGCUGCUGGUGCUGCUGGUGGCGGUCCCACCAAGCCCAACAGCAGCAGCAUCUGCCACACAGCCGGCCACAGAUGCGGCCACGCAAAUCAACGUCACUGCCAUGAUUAACCAGACGCUUGUCGCAAGACAGACACCGCGCACCCUCCGAAUCGGCUACAUGGCCACGAGGAGCUUCUAUGGCAAGUUUGUGAUUGGCGGGUUCCUAGCGGAGCUGAUCAUGCGGGCAGCCAACGAGUUCUGGCAAGCGCAAGGGGACCAGAUCCAAGUCGAGCUCGUGUACGGAGAGGCGUCCACGACCACAACAGAGUCUGCCAGCACGCGCUGCGCUGCAGUUGCCAACCAGCUCGUGCAGGAGGAUGUGCACGUGGUCAUUGGCCCACCAUCCAGCGCAUGCUCCCAGCCGUCCGCCGCCGUUUUCGGGCAGGCAGGCAUCCCUCAGAUCUCACACAGCGCCACCUCCCAAGCGCUCAGCGACAAGGACACCUUUCCGACAUUCUUCCGCAUCCCACCGUCGGAUGCGCGCCAAGCAAAAGUGCUUGCAGGCAUUGCCGCCGGCUGCAGCUGGUCCUCCAUCGGCAUCAUUGCCACGACGGACGCGUGGGGGCAGGGCCUGGUCAACACGCUGUACACGGAGCUCGCCAAGCAGAACAUCACCGUCGGACAGCAGCUGCUCCUGCCACAGGGCCGACCGCUGGAGAACAUCACGGCAGAGUUUCAACAGUACAAGCGCAGCAGCGUCUCCAGCGUCAACAUCCUCAUCGCCCUUCGCGAGGAUGCCAUCCAGUUUGUGAGCGCGGCCAUCGCUGUUGGCAUGACGGGUCCAGGGUGGACAUGGCUUGCCUCUGACGGGGUUGCGACGAAUACGGGCAUCACGAGCGACCUGCUCGAGUUCAUGGCGGGCAUGGUUGGUGUGCAGCCCCUCUCUGUCAGCGGCCCGCUCAGCACCGCAUUCCACACCUUCCCAGACAGCCUGAAGUAUUCUGCGUAUGUACAGGACACGUCCAUUCCCAGCUUCUCCUCGCGCCUCUUUGACGCCGUCAGCGCCGCCCGCAUCGCUGCAAACACAGCGCCCCACUGGAACGGCACGCACGCAGACAAGCAGAGAAUGAUGUUGUCGCAGCUGCGGUCGUUCAACUCCGUUGCCUCGGGCAUCCCUGGUGCUUCCAGCGAAACCAUCUUCUUUGAUGACAAGCAGGACGGCCCUGCGUUCUACGAAGUGGUGAACGUCGUUGAUGCUGCUUACGUUCGUGUUGCACUCGUCGAAGCAGGCACUUUUGCUCCAACCAACACGCCUGUGCAAUGGGCAGAUCCGACCAGGACCGGCUUCACGUCGUGCCCAUCCCAACUGCCUCCCCGCGAACCCGUCCAAGGGGGCACGUCCGACAUCAACAACUCGCUUGUGAUUGUUGUUGCCCUGCUGGCCGUUCUAUUUGUGAUUGUCACCGUCGUCUCCGUGAUUGCCUACAAACGCAACAAGGUGAAGCAGACACCGCACGACUUCUCCGAGGACCUGAAGGAGACGGGGCUCGGCACGGAUACCGACGUCCUGCUCCCCCCGCAAGAGCUGCGACGCAACACGAUCAAGAUUGGGGAGAAGCUUGGUGCUGGCCACUACGGACAGGUGUUCAAGGGCUCGCUCGACCAGUCCCUGGCAAGGGGUCUUCCCCACCGGCAGGUUGCAAUCAAGAUGUGUCAUGAUAACGCGACAGCACAAGACGUCACGUCUCUGCUGAAGGAGGCGGCGUACAUGGCCCAGUUCAAAGGACACGUCAACGUGGUUGGCCUGGUUGGCGUUGUGACGCGCGGGCGGCCCGUGAUGGUCGUGAUGGAGUUCUGCGAGCACGGCAGCCUUGACCGCUAUCUGCGCACCACCUUCCAGCGCGUGCAGCUGUCCUUCAUCUCCAAACUUCGCAUGGGCUUGGAUGUGGUCGAAGGCAUGUGCUUCAUCAGCAGCAAAAGUGCCAUUCAUCGCGACUUGGCGUGCCGAAACAUUCUCGUCACGCAAGACUUCGUCUGCAAGAUCACUGACUUUGGACUGGCGCGGAAGGAGACGCACUACACAUCCACGUCGCACACGGUGCCCAUCAAGUGGACUGCUCCAGAAGCCUUGUCGAAGGGACGGUUCAGCACCAAGUCGGACGUGUGGAGCUUCGGCGUGUGCAUGUGCGAGAUUUUCCUCAACGGUAGCUCGCCGUAUCCAGGACAGUCCAACGAGGCCGUGCGCGUUGGCCUCACAUGCGGCUACCUCAGACACCCGCAGGUGCCGGGGAUGCCGGACAACCUCUAUGCCAUCCUCAAGAAAUGCUGGGCAGAGGAACCUGAACACCGCCCCACCUUUGCCGAGCUCCGACAACAACUUAUCUAUUUGAUUGAUGACGACCCUGCACUCUCCAUGCUGCGGCUGCAAGAAAAGGCCAUUCACAGCGACUCUGUGUCCAUGAAUUCAAGUCGAAACAACUUGGCUGCCUCUAUGGAAGGGCGGACAUCACGGUCCCCGAGUGUGACGGAGAACACGAUAGAGACGUUCACAGCUGUUGGCAUCACAGAGGAAGCUGACAUCAACCACGAUCAUGAUGACGAUGGUGAAGGCAAUGAUGAUGGUGGUGGUGGUGGUGAAGGCGAUCGCGCUGGCGAUUCUGACGACGAACAUGGUAAUUGUGAUUCCACGAGACACGCCACGCAGCAGCAACAUGCCCACUCACCCGCCGUCAUCACCAUCCAACCUGAUGACGGUAUCAUGCGGACAACAUCGCCGCACAUGAGCAAUUCCGGAUUUGUUGCGCAGCGCCCCUAUUCCGACCAACGCGCAGACUCCAGCUUUGUUUGAGACGUGUGUGUGUGUGUGUGUGUGUGUGUCUGUGUGUCUGUGUCUGUGCGU